CAGUACUGUCAUAAAUAUAAAUAUUCUAAGAGAAAAUGAAGGUGCAAUGCACAUAGCAGGAAGGUGCCAAGCUACUCACUGGAAAGGUUCAAUUUCAAAGUAGCCAUUAUUGACGCUCAAGCCAGAAGCUCUGAACCCAAGUCUUUAUAAAUUCUUCAUUGCAGACACUUUUCAUUUCAUACUAUAUAUUUGGAUAUAUAUAUAUAUUCUUUUCUAAGCGAUUGCAAGCUACACUCUAUUGCUUUUUCUCUGGUGCCUUAAGUCCCUCUUACUCUUCUUCCAUCACCAACCACAUAUUGAAAUCUACACACACCUCCGUUGUAAUGGAAGAGAGCGUAGUUACCUUUGUUUUAGACCAUUUAGCUGAGCUUGUGGCACGCGAAGUUAACUUGCUGUAUGGCGUGGAGGAUAGAGUCCAGUCCCUCCAGUACGAACUUCAAAUGAUCAAAGAGCUUCUCAAUACCACAAAGAGAAAGAAGGGAAUGGAACAUGUUGUACUGAACCAAAUCAGAGAUGUGGCCCAUUUGGCUGAGGAUGUCAUCGACACAUUCGUAGCCAAAGUUUCCAUUUACAAGAGAAGAACCAUUCUCGGGAGGAUGCUCCGUGCCUUUGGCCAAGCAAGGUUGCUCCACCACGUAGCCCACAAAAUAGACAAGCUCAAAACCACUCUCAACGAGAUACACAACAACAAGGACAAAUAUGAUGCUUUCAAAGAAACCACUAAUCAAUCCGCAGCAGAAGAGAAGGAGGAGAACGAAAGGUUGCAAUCGCAGCUAAAGAAACUGAGAAGAAAUGUGGAGGAGGAAGAUGUGGUUGGCUUUGAUCAGGAUUCCAAGGAUAUCAUCAAGCGACUCCUGGAAGGUGGUUCAAAUCGUAAAGCAGUCUCUAUCAUUGGCAUGGGGGGAUUGGGGAAGACCACCCUUGCCCGAAAGGUCUAUAACAACAACCAGGUGAAACAACGCUUCAUGUGUCGCGCGUGGGUUUAUGUUUCAAACGAGUGCAGAGUUAAGGAGCUUUUGGUCAACCUUCUUAAGCAUUUGAUGCCAAAUUUUAAACAACAAAGCAAAGGUAAGAAAAGUGACGGAGACAUUAACAGCCUGAGUGAGGAGGAGCUGAAGGAACUGGUGCGGAGCUGCUUGGAGAGGAAAAGAUAUCUUGUGAUAGUAGAUGAUUUGUGGAAAAGGCAAGAUUGGGACGAGGUGCAAGACGCUUUUCCGGAUAACAACACAGGCAGCAGAAUAUUGAUCACUAGUCGUUUGAAAGAAGUGGCCUUGCAUGCUGGUCAUGAUGUUCCUCACUAUCUUCAAUUCCUAAAUGAUGAAGAAAGUUGGGAGUUGUUUCGAAGGAAAGUGUUUAGGGGUGAAGACUAUCCUUUUGAUUUGGAGCCUUUGGGAAAACAGAUGGUUCAAAGUUGUCGUGGUUUGCCACUUUCCAUCAUUGUCUUAGCAGGGCUGCUAGCCAACAAGGAAAAGUCACAUAGAGAAUGGUGUAAAGUGGUGGGUCAUGUUAAUUGGUAUCUUACCCAAGAUGAGACCCAAGUGAAGGAUAUAGUUCUCAAACUCAGCUAUGACAACUUGCCAAGGAGAUUACAACCAUGUUUUCUCUAUCUUGGGUUAUUUCCUGAAGACUUUGAAAUUCCUGUUACGCCAUUAUUACAAAAAUGGGUUGCAGAGGGUUUUAUACAACAUACAGGAAAUAGAGACCCAUAUGAUGUUGCGGAAGACUACUUGUACGAGCUCAUUGAUCGCAGUUUGAUUCAAAUAGCAAGAUUGAAGACUAAUGCAGGUGUAAAGACAUGUCGGGUUCAUGAUCUUCUUCGAGAUCUUUGUAUAUCAGAGAGCAAAGAGGACAAAGUUUUUGAAGUUUGCACAGACAAUAACAUUCUAGUCCCGACAAAACCUCGUAGACUGUCCAUUCACGAUUACCGUGUUCAUAGGAGGGAGCGAAAAUGGCUUUUGAAAGACUUCAAACUCGUUCGAGUGUUAGAGCUCGCACCAAUGAGUUGUAAAAAGAUCCCUUCUAACAUCGGGAACUUCAUGCAUUUAAAGUACUUGAGAAUAGACUCACAAUAUAUCACAUUUGUUCCAGAUUCAAUACUUCACCUUUGGUCUCUACAAACCAUAGACCUUGGUCCUUGGAGCCAGAACACUCCAACUUCUUUUCCUGUUCAAGUGUGGAAACUCAAACAUUUAAGACAUUUGAGUACACGGGGGCCUAUUAAGUUGCGAGGCAGUUGUUUAGGAUCAAGUGAGAAGAUGUACAAUUUACAAACCAUCUCUCCCCUUGUACUCAAUAAACAAGCAACAUAUCUGAUAGAGAAAGGAACAUUCCCCAAUAUUAAGAGCAUAGGGUUGAGCGUGGUUUUUGGGAAAGGUCAAUUAUCUAAAUUGUUGCAGAGCGUACAACUUUUAAGGUAUUUGAAUGAGUUCGUGAUCGUCCUCCCAUAUAGAUAUGACACAAUCGUAACACUCCACGAGGGUGUGGAAAGGAAGAAUGGUUGUAAGCCACAAGAACUAUUUGAAAGUCUAGGGCAAUUUAAUUGUCUAACUGUCUUAGAGAUUAAUAACGUUAUAGACCUUCUAACUUGUGCAAUCACACUUCCUUCAAACGUUACAGAGUUAAAAUUGAAAGGAAUUAGCUGCAUUAGUGACGAGGGGAUGAAGUGUUUGGGAAAUCACGCCAAACUCAAAAUUUUGAGGCUUUUUGGAUUUAUGCUUUUUUCGACUCAGGAUUCCUAUGACCUUACUUGUGUUGGAGGCAGCUUCCCACAACUAGAAGUAUUUCAAAUGGAAAGUUUGAAAAUUGAAAAGUGGAAUUUAGGCAAUGGUGCAAUGCCAAGACUUCAAAGUCUGGUGAUCAGCUUUUGUGGAAGGUUAGAUGAUCUCCCAAAUGAACUCUGGUCAUUGAGUGACUUGAAAAAAGUACAUGUAACGAAACCCUCGGAACAAAUGAUUCGCAUCUUACAAAAUUUGGAAAUCAACAAUGCAGUUCAACUCGUUAUAGAAGAUCUUCCAUCUUGGAUGGAUGAGAGUGAUUGGAAAUUUUUCGAGUAUUUGAUGCAAGGCUAAUGACCCUUAGUUUGAAGGGGCUUAGGUCUUCGGUUAAGUGGAAGCAGUGAGUGAGAAACUGACACAUGUAAUAAUAGUAAAUGUCAAUGUUUGAUGUGGCAUUAAUGUUUUCAUGUUUCAUUGGACCCGUAGAAGAGGUAGAUGUAUACAGAGUCAAAUAUGUGGUAAAUACAUUUUAUGUGGUAAAUACAGAGUCAAAUAUGAGGUAGAAAAGGUUUCAUUACUCAGUUUCUCUUUUCGUUCAAAAUUAUUAAGUUGGUCCUUCAGUGUU